GUACUUGAAGUUAACUCCCAUCUUCUUCCCUACCGCCCCACCUCCAAAGCCUCCAAGGGCCCCCAGACCAUUUUCAUCGGCCCCAUCAAACGCUUGUUUCCUGUGUACCAGAUUCACAGAUCUCUGGUAUUCAAGCUUAGCUUUUCUUGUUGUACUAAUUGUUCAUCUGUUUCUUUACUUUUGGGCGCUAUCAUCUUUGUUUGGAUGAGAAUGUUCUGUUUAUGCUUGGACCAAUGUUGUGGUUUUGGUUGUGCCAUUUGUUCCAUAAUAAAUAUUGUUAAACUGGCUGUUGACUUAGUUGAUAGAAUCCCUUUUGCCUGAUUUACACAAUCAAACGAAAGAUGGAUGCACAAGUUUCAGAGGAUGGACAUGUGAUUGAGAUAGAUGCUGAUAGGCCGGCUGUAGAAAAAGGCAUCGUUGCCAGUAAAGUUUGUGAGGGAGCACCAUGUGGAUUAUCAGAUGCCAAAACGAGUUCAGAACGUUCAGUGUCCAUGAAAAAGCUUUGGAUUGCAGUUGUACUCUGCAUUGUUUUCAUGAGUGUUGAGGUUGUUGGAGGCGUUAAAGCCAACAGCCUUGCAAUUCUGACUGAUGCUGCUCAUCUGCUAUCAGAUGUUGCUGCUUUUGCAAUAUCUUUGUUUUCUAUUUGGGCGUCUGGAUGGGAAGCUAAUCCACGCCAAUCUUAUGGGUUUUUCCGCAUAGAAAUUUUGGGGGCAUUGGUCUCUAUCCAGAUGAUAUGGCUUCUUGCUGGUAUCCUCGUUUAUGAAGCCAUUGCCAGACUCAUCCAUGAUACUGGUGAAGUUCAGGGCUUCCUCAUGUUUUUGGUGUCUGCUUUUGGCUUAGUAGUGAACAUCAUCAUGGCUCUUGUGCUUGGACAUGAUCAUGCACAUCAUGGACAUAGCCACGCUCACAAUCACGGACAUCAUGGACAUGGCCAUGCUCACAGUCACGGACAUCAUGGACAUGAGGGUCAUAGUGAUGACGAUGGGGAGAAGGAAAAUGAGCAUACGCAUACUCAUGGGGUGAGCACAGCUGGGCAUCACCACCAUCAUGAGGGACAUAGUGAGCAUCCUCAUGCACAUGAAUCAGAUCACACUGAGCCUCUCCUUGAAAAGAGUUGCUCGGAGAGUCAACACAAGUCAAACAGUGGACAUAAAAAGAAGCAACGGAACAUCAAUAUCCAGGGGGCUUACCUUCACGUACUAGGUGACUCAAUUCAAAGCAUUGGGGUGAUGAUUGGUGGAGCAAUUAUAUGGUAUAAGCCAGAAUGGAAAAUUGUUGAUCUGAUUUGCACACUUGUUUUUUCUGUAAUCGUGCUGGGAACCACUAUAAAGAUGUUGCGCAAUAUCCUUGAGGUUCUUAUGGAGAGCACGCCUCGAGAAAUUGAUGCUACCAGAAUUGAAAAAGGUCUUUGCGAGAUGGAUGAGGUUGUUGCAAUCCAUGAAUUGCAUAUAUGGGCAAUCACGGUUGGGAAAGUGUCAUUGGCUUGCCAUGUGAAGAUUAAACCUGAUGCUGAUGCUGAUUUGGUGCUGGACAAAGUUGUUGUCUACAUUAGGAGGGAAUAUAACAUCAGUCAUGUGACAAUCCAAAUUGAAAGAGAGUUCAAUUAAAGGGUAUGAUGUGGUUUAAGCCUUGGUGUUGCAUUUUCCUGGGACAGGCAAACUUCUUUCAAAGAUUGUCAUUUCUUUUCUAGCAACAGAGAGAUGACUUUCUUGCCGAUUUGGCUGCAUUUUUUGUAACUAUUUUACCCUUUUUACCCUUUUUCUUUUCUUUUCCUUGUGUUCUUGGUUUAUGUUGAGAUGUAACUUGGAUAAUGGCCAUCUAGGAAAUGCCAAAUUUGGAGGUCUUGGCCUCUUAGGACUACUUCCUUUCGCUGGAGUGGAUGAGCAAAAGAUGCCCAUCGACAAUGCAAUACAGGGCUACGAGUCUUAGAGAAUUUAGCCUCCACCGUUGCUCUGCAGAUGAAUUGAUGCCAUUCACCUUUGAUUAUCAGUCGUACUUUAUCCUAAGAUUUGCUGUGACUGAUAUCCAGAAAGUGAAGAAGACCAUAUUGAAGCAACAAGAAAUAGGUGGAACUGCAAUGUUUUAACUCUGCCUUAAGGGUUAUCUUGCUUACGUUUGGACGCACAAUUUGGUAUAAUUGGGCAGACCCUGAUUGAUUAUAUCAAAUCUAUUGUCAGCAAUGGGUGAAAUAUAGGCUUAAUGGAGGCAAAAUCGAGCCUUUUUAGCUACAAAUCUGCUCGUGUAGAUAACUGUUUAACAGUGUGUUAGUGUUAUUUUUGUAUCCUACCAGUACUAGAUAACUUUUUACAGUGUUAUGUGUUACUUUUGUAUCCUACCAGUACAAGUAAAGCAUAACUGUUAAUUUGUGCCGGCAA